CACCACAUAAAAGAACCCAGCGCUGAUAUGCAGUACUGCUGUCUGAAUCAACAGCGCUUGGACAUAUUAGUUUGACAGAAGUUUUACGAUGGACUUUUUCAACUCUGCUCUCGGUAGAAAUAUCACUUUUGUGCAUCCUGCAUAUUUCAGAAUUACUGGAUUUACUGGCAUCCAAAACAUCAAGUAUUACUACGUGUUUCUCUUUUUUGUUUAUAUUGUUUCCGUGCUAGGAAACACAGCUGUAAUGGCUUUAAUAUUGUUAGAUCAUACUCUGAAAACUCCAAAAUAUAUUGCAGUUUUCAGCCUAGCAUUUGUGGACAUGUUAGGAAACUCUGCACUGGUGCCGAAGGUUCUUGACAUCUUUUUGUUCAACCAUCCCUACAUCCCCUACAACAACUGCUUGACAUUUCUUUUUUUCUGCUACGCUUGCUUUUCAAUGCAGGCUCUUAAUCUGGUUGCUCUCUCCUAUGACAGACUGAUCGCUGUUAUCCACCCUCUGCACUAUCAUGUGAAGGUGACCCACAGGUUCAUGCUGUCUUUGAUUACCUUUUUCUGGGUUUUUGUCAUUACUGUUUGCCUAAUUGCAGUUGGCCUCCUUACAAGACUUUCUUUCUGUAAAUCUGUGGUUGUUAACAGCUUUUUCUGUGACCAUGGACAGAUAUUCCGUCUCGCUUGCAAUGAUAACACUCCUAACUUCGUCAUUAGUCCUAUGUUAAUCUUUCUCAUUCUCUGGCUUCCGCUGGUAUUUAUCUUGUUUAGUUAUUCAUUUAUUGCCUUUGCAUUGUCUAAAGUAGCCACAUUUCAGGAAAGAAUGAGGGCCUUUAAAACCUGCACAGGUCAUCUUUCAUUAGUGACAAUUUUUUUCAUCCCAUUGUUAAUCACAUUUACUAUGGGUUCAAAGAUAAAUCCAAAUGCCAGGAUUAUAAACCUGUCUCUUACCAUGGUUUUUCCUCCCAUGUUGAACCCAAUUAUAUAUGUUCUGCAGACACAGGAAAUUAAAGAAUCAUUGAAAAAAAUAAUAAAAAUCAGGAAGCAAUCCAAAAUUAUGGUUAAAUAAGUAACAAUGAAAUGGUAUACAAUGGUCUGUGUAUAUUCUGUUUUGUGAACAGUGUAUUUACAUAUGUGUGUGUGUGGCACAGUAAAGUUAGUGUUUACAUUUUCAUAAUUAAUUUUAAAAUCAGGCAUUUUUAAAAAGACAUUUCUGAAAUGUCGCAGUUAACUUAAAUGGCAGUCUACUCUAUUUCACACGACUGACAUUACAUUUAUAAUUAAACUGUACUCAUGUGCCUGUGUGAUAAAUGCUGAGAAAAACUGCAAACAUGAAUUUGUUGUCAAGCUGUAUGGUGUCUGUGCAUAGGUUGUCUUGAUGGAGUCCACUGUAUGAAAGAAGAUUUACAUGUGUUCAUUUUCACAUUUGUAGAAUCAGUGCUUUAUUAAGGGAGAUUUAUUUUGACUAAAUGUCGCAGAUUCCUCAGAGGUGCAGUUUACAAAGAAUUAGAUUGGCCUGUUUUGAUUUGUGUAUCUUUUUUUUUUUUUGACAUUUUCCAUAUCAUCCCAGGUUUACAUCAAACGUACUUGGUCGUAAUAAAGAACAAGUUUGUUAAUGACUGGGGACAUACUGACUUUUCUUGAAGAAUUUUAGUGUGAUGAAGCAACAAUGCUGAUUCUAUGGGGCUGAUUUUUUCAUGUGUUUUGACAUGUUUACCUGAAGUGAGGCUGUUAACAUAAAAUCCAAUGAAGACUUGAUGUUUCUAUAGACUGGCUUGUGCACAAUGACUUCACAACUAGGCUUGUCUCUGGUAAUGUGUUUCCAGCUUUUAUUCUUUGGCUCUGUGUUGCAAGCAUCUUGUAAAGUUAUCUAUACAGUAUAUUGCUGUGAUUUUGCUUAAGCAGCCACAGUUUACGA